AUGGAUUAUGUGAAAAUUGAGGACCAUGUUUUGUUAGACCAAGAAAAUUAUAAAGCCUACAUGGAGAACCUUCAAAAGUCUCAUCAAGUCGACAGUAUGGACUACCAGCACAAUAUAACUUUGGAGCAAAUCCAGAUGGCAAUGCAAUCUUCCUUGAAUCCCAAUAGCCUUGUACAUAAUUUCCAACUUCCGUUAUCUCCACGACAGAUGUCCACUCUGAUGCUCAAAACUAACCAUCUAACAAGGACACUUAACUUUCAUGAAAUACCAGCUCAUCUGCAGAAAAAUGAACUAGAGCUAAUGAAUGAACUUAGGCAUGAAGAAUUAAUAAACCAAAAUAUUAACAGAAAUUUGGAGCUAUGCAGGAGUGAUUUGGUGCAAAAUUUAAAUAGAAACGAUUUAGCACAGAACCUCAAUAGAAAUAUAGAAUUAGCUAGAAAUGACCUUGCCCAGAAUUACAAUUGA